AUGGGAAAGUCAAAUUCCAAACUAUCGGAUGAUCAGAUCAAGACCCUGUGCCAGCAAACAUAUUUCGAUCGAAAAGAACUCCAGCAAUGGUACCGAGGCUUUAUAAAAGACUGUCCGAGUGGCCAAUUAGGCAAGGACGAAUUCCAAAGAAUCUACAAAACAUUCUUCCCAUUCGGAGACUCGAGCUCGUUCGCGGAAUAUGUAUUCAAUGUGUUCGAUGAAAACCACAACGGUGUCAUUGACUUCAGAGAAUUUAUCGUCGCUCUCAGUAUAACGAGUCGAGGGCAAUUGGAUGAGAAGCUCGUGUGGGCAUUCCAACUAUACGAUAUAAAUCGAGACGGAUUCAUCACAAAAGACGAAAUGUUGGCCAUUGUCGAAGCUAUAUACAAGAUGGUUGGAGGAAUUAUGGAAUUACCAGCUGAUGAAUCGACUCCGCAAAUGAGAGUACAAAAGAUAUUCGACCUCUUUGAUACAGACGGAGACUCAAAAAUCACACUUGAUGAAUUCAGAGAAGGCAGCAAAAAGGACCCGUCUAUAGUGACGGCAUUGAGUCUAUACGACGGUCUGGUAUAG